ACGUUAAGGACCGUUAAGUAUUAAGUACAGAACACUAUAAAUAUGAAGGAUAUUUUAAAAAUUGAAGUCAAAGCAGGAAAUUUUUAAAUAAGAAUUAUAUAAAAAAUAUGCAUUGAAAUACAGAUCCUUUAAUUUAUUGAGCAUUAUAAAAUUGCGAGCUGAGAUAAACUGCCUUUAAAGGACAAUGGAAAAUAAAAUUAAAGUCGCUGUAUGUGACGUUAGAAAUGACGUAAGCGUGGAAGACAUACAGAAAUUAGUAAAUGCAGGAACAACAUAUAUAAAUGAAAUAGAUGUGACGUGUUUUUCCUAUUUAUAUCAGGCUGUAGGGGAGGGCUAUACAGGAAUUGUGAGGUACUUGCUGGAAAAUGAAACAUAUCGAAAUAUUUAUGAAGGAAACAAAUUAAUAUAUUUAGCUGCAGAACAGGGUCAUUUGGAUAUACUUAAGUUAUUAGUUAGUUCUUACGGAGUGAAGUGCCUACAUUACAGUAAAUACAACCACCCAAUCCACUUUGCGGCUGCCAAUGGAAAAGUUUUAAUGGUAGAAUGUUUAUUAGAAAUAGGUACCGAAGUAAACUUCGUUGAUAAUAGAAAUCGGACACCAUUGCAUAAAGCUGCACAAUUUGAUGACAAAAGCACAGUUGAACUUUUAUUAAAGAACAAAGCCGACAUCGAUCCAAAAGACGAAUAUGGUUGCACGCCCUUACACUAUGCAGUUAUUCAGAAUAACCUCCCCAUUAUAGAUAUAUUGAUUGAAUGGGGAGCCGAUGUAAAUAUGACCGAUCUAAAUAAACGAUCUCCUUUAGAUUACGCUGCUGAAAAUAAUUGUUUAGAAGCACUAAGACUGCUCUUAAAAAGAGGAGCAAAUCUUAUCUUCAACGGAAAAUUUCAGUCUUACCGAACCCUACUCAUUGCAGCCCAACGCGGUCUAUUGAGUGUGAUCUUAGAAUUCAUCAGCGAAGGAGUAGAUAUAAAUGUACACUCAAAAAAGGGUCAUACACUGUUACACGCCGCUUGCCGAGCUGGUCAAUUCGAAGUCGCGCGAUGUUUGCUACAAAACGGUGCAAAUGUUAAUAGUAAAUCAAAACCAAAUGACAUCACUCCAAUGUACUUUGCAGUGACACACUGUCAGCCAGAAAUUAUUAGGUUGCUUAUUUCGUACGGGGGUUUGUUAGAAAACCCAUGUAAAAAUGAAACUGUUUUGUCUUUGGCCCACAAAGAAUUUAAUAGUCGUUCCCACUAUCCAGAUUCUUCUAGGAAGGUUUGUCUUCAAAUAAUUAUUAAAUAUUGGUUAUUGCUCAGUAGAGUUCCAAUACUUCCCCCAGAUUUAAAUUUCAAAUAUUUCCCCCACUUUCACACAAAAUGUCGAGAAGAAAUAUCGUUAAUGAAAUUUGUCUUGAUAGGAAGUAGUAGUAUUUCAGUAUAUAAAUUUUUACGCAACUCAUACCAGAAUGAUAAUACGCUGGUCCAAUACCUACAAAACGAAGAUAUCUGUCGAGGAAUCAAUAUCGUUUGCAGAUACCUUAAAACGUGUGAAAUAUAUAGCGAUGUAUGUAUAACGAGUGAACCAUUAUAUAAAAGUGGUAUGGAGAGAAGAUGUUUACUUCAUGUAUCGUAUGUAUAUUUCAAAACUGUUUCGCCAUUUUUGCCAGCAGAAUGUUGGUGGAAAAUAUUUAGUUGCCUAAGCAAUGCCGAUCUAAAGAACUUUAUACGUUCAUUUAAAGAAAAUUUCAGAUAUAUUGAAAAUACCUGUAGUAUGGAUAUAUGUCCUCCUAUUUUCUUAACUUACGAAAAGGAUUCUCCCCACCCCAUACCUUUUUUUUACUUGUAUAAAAGGUCGUUAAUAGCUAGUUAAAAAGUUUUCAUCAUUCUUUAAUCUGCAGUACCCGCGUUACUGCAUUUUCUUUCAUUUUUUUUAUUUGCUUGUAACCGUAACCUACAUCAAACCGUGAAGCAAUAAGUAAAAGCUAAUAGUCGAGGAAAUGAAGCAUUUUGGCUCGCAAUUUUUUCGUCCAGCAUGGAUUUACUUGAAAUUUUCACAGAAAGUAGAGAAUAGUCCAAGGAUCAUUUUCUAUAUCAUGCCGCUGUACGCUAAAACCUUGGGGGUGGUUGCCACCCCAUCUCGGGGGCGGGAAUUUUUUAUUACAUUUGAACCAUGUAAAUCGAUGUAAAAAGUAAUUCUAAGAAAAAAAUGUUUUUUACAUUUUCUUCGUAAAACUAAUAUUUUUUGAGUUAUUCGCGCUUGAAAGUAACAGUUUUUCGAUGAAAAAAUCGACUUUUUUAGAGGGUUUUUUGAGAAUACCUCGAAAAAUAUGCAUUUAAUCAAAAAAAACUGUAGAUAUCAAAAUUGUAUCUUUUAGUAAUACAAACCAAAUUCUUUUUCUGUAAUAUCUUUAAGACCAAUACAAACCGAGAUACGGCAUGUUAAAAGUUAGCUUUUUUCGUCAAAUGCAUAAUUUGAAAUAUUCAAAGUAAAAUAACGAAAAAACUUUGCCUUUUUCGAGGAAAACUUAUAAAAUCUUUUUUCAAGUAUACAGUUAGACCUUUCAAAAAAUAAUAAUUAAAAGUUUCUAGCCUAAAAAUUAAGCGACUUAUGAUCAAAAAAAGGUGGGUACCUGCUUUUCUCUAUGAAAAAAUCGGUGAAAACAACCCCCUAACUACCCUCCUAAUUAAAAAUUGGUCUUCACCUUUCUGUAAUUCCUUUUAUAUUUGUAUUAUCAAUACACCCAAGAAGUUUGACUUAUUUAAAAGGCCUAAUUUUAGAAAAAUUGAAGUUUAAUAAAAAAUUAAUUUUUUGGAAUUUCCCAUUUUUUAUCAUUUACUUCAAAAUAUCUCCGAAAAUACUGGAGAUACGAACUAAAAUUCCCUUGUGCAUAGAUUUUCAUUACAGUGAACAGUUAGCGAGAUAUAGCUGUUUAAAACCUCUAUUUACGAGCAAACACCCCCUUAUUCGCGCCCUUUAAACCCACCCAAAUUAAAAACUAAGGGAUCUUACGGAAUUUUGUUUACACAGCCUUAUAACUCUUCAAAAAUCCUACAAAGUCAUUUUUGAAAAAACUUUUUAUCGGCAAAAAUGAAGGAGCUAUGUUUAUAAAACGAAUUUUUUUCGAAAAAUUCGGAUAGUCCGCUUAUGGAUAAUUUUCAAUAUAUGUAUAAUACCACAGAAUCGGUUCGUAUACUGGAAGAUGACUAAAAAACUAUUUGUAUUUGUAUUUGUACAUAUUUGUAAAUUCGUAUAUUUGUGUAAAUAAAUGUUUUUGUAAUUCUUUAAUUCUACUUUUUUUUCUAUUAAAUGUCUACUUAUAAAAGCUGUAAUAUUAUUAAGGGUGGUUUUUAAGGUUUGAAAUAUUAUGAUAUCCUAAAUGGUUUAUCUUAAAGCAUAAAAUAAUUAUUAUUUAACCAAUCAAAACCAAAUUUUACCCAUAUUAAAGUUUACAAUGUUUUUAUAUAAUGUUUGAAAAUAAGGGUUAGUUUACACCCCUAAAAAUAAUCAACGCCCUUAAGCACGAUAUGAAAUAUGAAGUACAGGGUGAGAUGAUCCUAAUCCCAAAUUUUUAUGUAAAUCGAUGCAAGCCGAAAUUAUUAUUUUAGAAAAAGUAAUUUUUUUAUAUACAGCUCCAACAAGGGUGGUUUUAAGGGUUAAAAUAUUAUGAUAGUAUAUCUUAAAGCAUAAAACAAUCAUUAUGUAACUAAUAAGAACCAAAUUUUGACAAUAUUAUAGUUUAAAAUGUUAUUUUAUAAUUUUUUACAAUUAGGGGUAGUUUUCACCCUUAAAAAACCAAAAGUGUACAACGGCUCAAUAUAGAAAAUGAACUAGAGGGUGUAAUGAGCCUAAUCCCAAAUUUUUGUACAAAUCGAGGCUGGACGAAAAAAUUGCGAGGUUUUGCCAUUUUUUCAGCUUCAUUUCCUCGACUAUAAGUAUUCUUUCAUCAUCUUUUCGUGCGGUAUCCAUUUCGGACAUUAGCUAUUUAACAUAGCAAUAUUUCGUACCUUGUUGGCGACUUGUCUAAAUAGUUGGCUAGAUGUUUGGCUCAACUACUCGAGUAGAUUUUGCAUCCAAGAGUUUCUUCUACCCAGGCUUCUCCUACUUUUUUCAAUCAUGCAUAGUUUGGCAAUCAAUAAAUAACUUCGAAAUCGGUGUAACACAAGAUUUUGUUUUUUAAUCUAUUUUAGGAGUUUAUGGUAUAAAGGUUUUAGAUUUUUAGGUUAAGGUUAUAUUUACUUUAUUAUUAUUUAGUUUUAUAUUCUUUACGGGUUAAAAAUUAAACGGACGAUGUUUGAAAAUAAAAUAUAUUUUUGAGGA